AUGGAAGAGUGUUCGAUGUUUUUCCGGACCUUCUUCGAUGGACCAUGGACCGAACAAGGAGAUAAAGUGCUCGAUACGGCCACAUAUUUGUCAAUGGACGAGCUUGUAAUGUGCCUCUCCGACACGCUCGUUCGUCAACAAACUGCUGAUCGAAUUAUUGCCGUUUACAGGUUCAUUGAAAGGCGUAGCGUUCCACUUGCGCAUCGAAUCUGGAGCGUCAUGGUCAAGGAUUUCCCUGUUUUGUUGGAGACAGAAGAGUACAAACAGCUAACAUGCUCUGGAAUGGAACGUUUU